AAAUGCGACUUGGAGCACAGACUUCGAAUGGAGCAUUAGCAUAAACACAACAGGCCGCAGUGCCGGAGUCAAGUGGCAGGGCCCAGGGUGAACACAACCACAUCCAGUAUCUGAUGAGCACAGCGUAGAACUUAGGAAAUCGAGGCCACAAGCAGAAGCAGCAGGAGAAGCAGCGGUUGUGAAAGAAGUUGGCGAGCAAAAGUGAAAGUUGCGCCAGAAAAAUGAUGAAAAUUGUACUCAUCAGCGGCAAGCGAAAGUGCGGCAAGGAUUACAUAUCCGAGAGGCUGCAGCGGAGAUUGGGCUCCCGGUCGUGUAUCGUUCGAAUCUCAGAGCCCAUUAAGUCGGAAUGGGCUCGCAAGCUGCAGUUGGACCUGGACGCUCUCCUCGGUGAUGGACCCUACAAGGAGAAGUACCGGCGCGACAUGAUUGUGUGGAGCGACGAGGUGCGGGCCCAGGACUACGGCUACUUCUGCCGCGUGGCCAUGGAGGAGGCGCUGAGUCGCCAGCAGACGCCCUACAUUCUGGUCAGCGAUGUGCGGCGCAAGAACGACAUCAGGUGGUUCCGGGAGACUUACGGGCCGGAACGAGUCAUCACCUUGCGUCUAACAUCCCGUCCAGAAACGCGGUCUGCACGGGGAUGGACCUUUACCGCAGGAAUAGACGAUGUUCCCUCCGAGUGCGAUCUGGAUGAUCUGGCCGACGGCUUCGACGUGGUGUUGGCCAACGACGAGGAACUCGACCAGGAGGCCAUCGACAUUCUGCUGGAUAGGCUGCAGCUGCAGUAUCGAUAGAGCUUGGACCUCUCGGCUCACCAUGCUUUGAACAAAUGUAUUUUUGAUAUAUCACGUAUUCCGGUCACAAAUAGCGUAGUUAAUGCAAUACACUAGACAAGAAUGAAGUUACGUACCUAAUAGUAAAUACUCUUGGUAACGAAAUAGAGCUUGUGUGGCGGUUUUACUAACUUGCAACGUUUAAGACUUAAUAGAUUCAAUGGAUAUACAAACUAUAUGUCGCUGAUUAUCGGUAAUAGGUUACUUCAGGAAUAAAUAGCCCGGUUUCCAAAUGUUAGAAUAAUACUCAUGAGCAAACUGCAUCCAUCAAUUUAUGUGCACAAUGUACUGGCAAGCAAACUAAUAAAAUGAUUUAUUAAAAGAUG